AUGGUACAGGUGUCUGUACUGGAGGCAUCGCCUCAGCCUGUACAAGCAGGGACUUCACGCACCAAUCGCUCGAUGUCACCGUCUACACCCGAAAACCAAAACAGGAAUCUUGUAAUGUUCUUCAUGAUCACCGUGCCUAGCGCCCGAGUGUACAAGGUGCGCGUGGGCAUCUUGGAAGUGAACGAGACGGCGAGUUCGCACAGUGCCAGUAUUCCCGUCGCCUCGAUCCGCCUUCACGAACGCUACCGGACGGACCGCCAUUACAACGAUAUCGCGCUCGUGAAGACCGCCAGCAAGGCUCCUUACGGAAGCCACAUCGGCCCGGUGUGCCUGCCGCAGCCGGACCUCAAGCUCGGCGGUCAGGUGGUUGUGCUCGGCUGGGGACACACAGCUUUCGGUGGUCGAUACGCGCACCGUCUGCAAGAGGGCCGCGUCUCCGUCAUCAGCAACGAAGAGUGCGAUGAGAUUAUGCGCACAUCAUCCAGCUACUGGGUCGCCACGCCUGACGGCAUCACCGAGGACUUCGUGUGCGCUGUCAACCAUACGGGCGUCGACGCGUGCCAGGGUGAUUCCGGAGGACCCCUGCUAGCUCUGGGCCUUGACUUUCGUUGGAACGUCGUCGGAGUGGUGUCGUUCGGCAUCGGCUGCGGUGGUCGCUUUCCUGGAGCCUACACACGUGUGACUACGUUUCUCGAUUGGAUCGCCCGAAACAGAGACUGAGCUCGACGCGACUAAGUCAUCGCGGAUCCGCCUGGACGCUCACCUUCCUACUUCGCAGAAGUUGAUGCGGGUGUCUCAGCCUCCACGUGUGCGUGCAGCGCCCAGUAUGGACGAUGUGGGGAACUGAUGGUAUCUAGCAUCGUACAAUGACCACAGGCUGCUUCUGGCAGAGCCACCCUGAGCCGAACUUAUCUUUAGUAUAUUAAGAGCUACAAGACUACUGUAGUACCGUAGUGGAGUUGUCAUCCUUACAUUGUAAUACUUAGUACGGCUCAGGAAGACGUUCUGUGUUCAGAAGAAUGUCUUCGCUGGUGCAUAGUCGAGCUUUUAGCUGGGCCCUGCCUACCUUACAUCGCAGCGUUAGCAUACAGUCGUCUGCAAAAGUUAGAGGACCGCGCCGGCGCGAGCUAUUCGGCUGGUCUGGGCCACCUAGACGUGCGCCAUUUGCAAUCGACCACUGGGUCGGACCGGAAAUGGGUCUCCCUUAUUAUUCACGAAUAUGUCGAUUUACCGCUGCGGCGCAGCUCAUUGUUAGUUCGUUGUUUCCACGCAAAGCGGUCAUCUGAAGUGUAGCCGUCACCCCUUUUUGAUAGCAGAAUCAAUGCAAUCACGACCUGCAUCAAGCCUUUGGACAGAUAUCGGUCUGCGCCAAUGGUUGCGACUGAUUGCAUCUUUGCUGUUCGCGAGACAGAAGCACGUAGCCACGUCUGCGUGUCGUGUUUGAA